AUGACUGUGACCCAGGCAUCUCAAAUCUCACCCAACGACCUGCACUCGUUGCGGCCAAGAACGAUUAUCCAACCACUCCACAAUAGUAUUCCCCCGGAAUUACUCCCACGAUUUGACCCGGUCUAUGUGGAGCACCAUAACAAGUAUAACGCGGGACGCCUACAUACGCACGAGGUGCCAAUCGAAGAAUUUCGAAAGAACCCAGCUAAAUUCGUCACUGCAUACGGCCGCGCCGUUGGCCCGGAUGUUUUUAGGAUUACCCAGCAGAAAAUACCCGUCGAGGGAGGAGAAAUAGCCGUGCGGAUCUUUGAGCCCGCAACAAUCUACGACGAGCAAGGUAAUCCCAAGAAGAGGGCCGCAUACAUCAACUUCCACGGCGGCGGAUGGGUCUUUGGAGAUCUCGCGGUGGACCAUGAUUUCUGCAAGCAACUGGUCCACGGUCUAGACGGCCAUUUGGUGGCCUUUGACAUCGACUAUCGUCUAGCACCGGAGAACAAAUUCCCUAUACCCGUGGAGGAUUGCUGGACAGCUUUCAACUGGGUCCGGUCACAGAAAGCCGAAGAAUUCAAUAUCGACCCGGACCGGAUGGCGGUUGGCGGCGCUUCAGCCGGAGGUCAUCUUUCAGCUGUCAUCGGCCAUCUUUGCCGUGACUUCAACAUCCCUCUCCGCUUGCAAGUGUUAGCAGUGCCGGUGUGUGACUUGCAUAAUGUCUUUACACCGGAUGGGGAAUUCGACCGCGAGAAUUGUCCAUAUGAAUCCUAUCGAGAGAUGGAGUUUACGACCGCCCUUCCGAUGGCACGAAUGAAGUACUUCCAUAAGCACUUUCUGGGGCUCCCAAGGCCUGCUAGAUCUGAGGAGGACUGGAAUAUUUCGCCCAUACUUGCUCCCAACUUCUCCAACCUAGCCCCGGCUCUGGUGUUCACGGCAGAAAUGGACCCUCUGAGGGACGAAGGGGAGGUCUACGCCGCGAAACUCAAGGAAGCUGGAUGUCGGGUGGAACUGACACGCAUGACGGGGGCACCUCACACGUUCAUUCAUCUAGACGGCAUUCUGGAUGCGGGGAAGAAGUACAAUGCGAUGGUGAUCGAGGCGAUGAAGAGGGAACUCGUAGAACCAGCGUCGGCAUUUGAAAUCGUCAUGUUGUCAUCCACGAACUCCUCCCGGGCGGUGCGCUCGAUGGCUUCCUUCGCAUCGCGAGCGUCCACCGCCAGCUCUCCCGCAAUCACCCGCACUGCUUUGCGCUCCCCCGCAUCGUUCGGUUGCCGCUCCCUGAGCUCCAAUAGCCGUCCUCUUCAACAAUUCCCCCGCCUUCAGUCCCUCAACAUCCUCGCCAACAAGAGAGCUUUUGGCACAACCGUCAGAAUGGCUUCCGCUCCCCGUACCGAAAGUGAUGCCUUUGGUGAAAUCCAGGUCCCCGGCGAUAAGUACUGGGGUGCGCAGACCCAGCGCUCCCUGGGCAACUUCGAUAUCAACCAGCCCCAGGACCGCAUGCCCGCCGCCGUGGUGAAGGCUUUCGGUAUCCUCAAGGGUGCUGCCGCCACCGUCAACAUGAACUAUGGCCUUGACCCCAAGAUCGGCAAGGCUAUCCAGCAGGCUGCCGCCGAGGUCGCGGAGGGCAAGCUUCUGGACCACUUCCCUCUUGUCGUCUGGCAGACCGGCUCCGGCACCCAGUCGAACAUGAACUCCAACGAGGUCAUCUCCAACCGUGCCAUUGAAAUCCUGGGAGGCCAGAUGGGCUCGAAGAAGCCCGUUCACCCCAACGACCACGUUAACAUGUCCGCUUCCUCCAACGACUCCUUCCCCACCGCCAUGCACAUCGCCGCUGUCAUGGAGCUCGAGAACAGACUGCUUCCUUCCCUGAAGAGCCUGCGUGAUGCCCUGCAGGUCAAGGUGGACAAGUUCCAGAGCAUCAUCAAGAUUGGCCGUACUCACCUGCAGGACGCCACCCCCCUUACUCUUGGGCAGGAGUUCUCCGGCUACGUCGCCCAGCUCGACCGCAACAUCGAGCGUGUCCAGGCUUCGCUCCCCCACCUUCGCUUCCUGGCCCAGGGUGGUACCGCCGUCGGCACCGGCCUGAACACCUUCAAGGGAUUUGACGAGGCCAUCGCUGCCGAGGUCUCCAAGCUGGCUGGUACUGAGUUCAAGACUGCUCCCAACAAGUUCGAGGUUUUGGCCGCCCAUGACGCCAUCGUCGAGGCCUCCGGCUCUCUGAACACCCUUGCUGCCUCCCUCUUCAAGAUUGCCCAGGAUGUUCGUUACCUCGGAUCCGGUCCUCGCUGUGGUCUGGGCGAGCUGGUUCUCCCCGAGAACGAGCCCGGUUCCUCGAUCAUGCCUGGAAAGGUCAACCCCACCCAGUGCGAGUCCCUCACCAUGGUUUGCUCUCAGGUCAUGGGUAACCACGUCGCUGCCACCAUUGGUGGCAUGAACGGCCAGUUCGAGCUCAACGUCUUCAAGCCCGUUAUGAUCCACAACCUGCUGCACAGCGUGCGCAUCCUUUCCGACGGCAUGAAGAGCUUCGAGAAGAACCUCGUCCAUGGUCUUGAGGCCAACGAGCCCCGCAUCAACAGUCUCCUUCACGAGAGUCUGAUGCUUGUUACCUGCCUCAACCCCGUCAUUGGCUACGACAUGGCCUCCAAGGUUGCCAAGAACGCUCACAAGAAGGGCCUCACCCUGAAGCAGAGUGCUAUGGAGCUCAAGGCUCUUAGCGAAGAGGACUUCGACAAGCACGUUCGCCCGGAGCUGAUGCUGAGCCCCAAGGAGAAGAAAUAA